AAAAAUACUCUCUUCCUUUUGGUAUGGGCGGGAAGAACUUGUUGCCGUAGUGUGUGUCUGUGCUAGCACACUGCCGAUAACACUCCACAACUAAAAAAGGGGCACUACCAUCUCUGACUGCACUCCACAAUUUCCUUAAUGUCGAGAUUUGAUUAUCCAACGCUCUCCCGGCAAGACAUCAUCGCCGUAUUAGCCGAAUCUCAACUAGCCACCGUCUCCGACCAAGAUCUCCUCAAACCCACUCCCGACUUCGUCACCAACCUCUACUCCACCGUUCUUCUCCAUGUCGACUCUCUCCAGGAAGAUGAUGACCAGGUGGAUUUUUCUGCUCUGGAGCACCUAGAGAACCCGGAUGUUCAUGUGGAAUCGUUUCGGAUCAUGAAUUUGUUUCAUAAGAUACGGGAGAUGUUGACUACUUUAGAUUGUCCCGAACCAUUUACUCUCAGGGAUUUAAUCAAGCCUGACCCUGAGCGCACUAGGUUCUUUGUCGGCGCUAUGCUCAAUUUUUCACUUCACAGGGACACUAAAUUAAGUGCUAUAAGUCCGAUUGUAGAAGAGCUGACUCUUAUUGAUGAGCAACGACGAGCUUUGGAGGCUAGAAUAUCUCAGAUAAAUGAAGAGAUUGCGGAAUAUACUGAAUCAAGAGAAAGGGAGAUGCCAAUGGUUCAACAAAUAGACUCUAAUGUUAAGGAACUGAGGCAAACCAUUUCUGGUCUUAACAAUCACCAAAUGUCCUUGAAAGCCUCAUUAAAAAAACUUAAGGAGAGGACUAAAGAGAUGGAUGAGAAGAUUUCUAAUGCAGACUUUGCAUUGGUACAAGCUGUUCAUGAAAAUGCCAAUUUACGUUCUAAGAUUGUCCAAUCACCGGUUAAGCUUCAGAGAGCACUGGAGGAAAAGAAAUCAUUUCAAGCUGAGGCAAGGAAUGCUGAAAGAGCAGCAAUGCAGUCUUUUCAAAAUAAAACUUCCAUUCUUGAGGUUUACACAAAGGCUCACCAAAAAAUGUCCAAGCACUUCAAUCAGAUGCAGGCUAUACAGGAGCAGGUUAAUUCAACUAAAUCUAUUGAGAAAGAUAUUAAGGCUCUCAAACAAAAGCUGAGUGACGAGGAGGUACUGGACAAAUCCCUUGAAGCUAAACUAGUUGAAAGGCAAGGAAAAGCGGACCAAUUGGAAGAAUUAAGAAAGCAAUUAAAGAAAGAAAGAGAUCUUAGUUGUGAGGAGGCUGCCAAAGAAAUGAAUUUUUUUAAUUUGGAAAUGGAAUCAAAGAGGCAUGGUCUUGAAGCAAGGCAAAAAGAGGUGGAAGGUGUGCUUGCAGAGGCUGAUGCAAUAACUGCAAAAAUUAACUCAGUAAGGGAGUCUGGAGCAUCCNCUAAAUGCCAAGAGUUGGGCCGUCAUUGCGAAGAAGUUGUAGCAGAGGUACAAUUCCCUCGACAUCUAUCUUCUACAUAUCUAUUUUGGUAAUUCAAAUGGGGAUUC